UUGCUACCUUAAACUACAAGCACACUUGUGUAGUAAUACUUCGAGGUGGAAGAUAGUUUGGAGUACUGAAGUUAACGAAAUCAAUAGUUUGUAGAUUUGUAACUGAGGAAGCAAGAAGUAAUGGCAAAUUCAAGAGAAGAAAAGCAGGCUGCAGGAGAUUUCACAGAUGCAAAGCCAGUGUUUGGAUGGACAACAAGAGGCAAUCAAUUCGAUGAUGAUAAAAUGGAUGUUGAUGCAAAACUAGUGGAUAUGCCUGACUUCAGAUAUAGAAUGGACUACCCAGAAGUAGGGAAGUGUGUGAUUAUCAAUAACAAGAAUUUCGAUCCAAGCACAGGUAUGUCACCUCGGACUGGUACUGAUGUUGAUGCAGGAAAUGUCUAUAAAGCAUUCUCUGAAUUAGGAUUUAAGUGUGAGGUACAAAAUGACUUAAAAUCUAAUCAGAUGAUCCAGCUUUUAAAAAAAGUUUCUUUGGAAGAUCACACAAAACGAGCCUGCUUUGCCUGUGUACUGCUUAGUCACGGAGAUAAUGGAGUAAUUUAUGGAACAGAUGGUUGUUUCAAAAUAGAAGAAUUAACAUGUGGAUUCAAAGGAAACAGGUGUAGGUCUUUGGCUGGUAAGCCCAAGCUCUUUUUUAUUCAGGCUUGCAGAGGAGAUGAGCUUGAUUCAGGUGUUGAGGCAGAUAGCGCUACAGAUGCCGAAGAAGGUAGCCUUCAGAAGAUACCUGUAGAGGCUGACUUCUUGUAUGCAUAUUCUACAGCUCCAGGUUUUUACUCAUGGAGAAAUACUCAGAAUGGUUCUUGGUUUAUCCAGUCCCUGUGCCAAGUACUGAAGCAGUAUGGUAAAACACACGACAUGCUGCAUAUCUUGACUCAAGUAAAUUACAAGGUUGCACGGGGAUAUGAAUCUUCUUCAAAUGUGCCUGGAUUCAAUGCCAAGAAGCAAAUACCCUGCAUUGUCUCCAUGCUGACAAAGGCACUCUAUUUCAGUUCUGGAAAAUGACUGGCUUAAUACUCACUGUCAUUUAUUUAAAUAAAGUUGUGCUCUGAUGCUGCAUUAUUAUAAGAAUUAAAUUAAAGUUAAACUUUGGACCAGUGGUCAAUGCGACUAAGGUACAGAGCACUUUGUGUUAUUUCCAUCAACAUUUGAAAGAGCAGGGAAUAGAUUUUCUAAUCAUUUAUUUAUAUUGUAAUAGUAGAUUAUGACUUGUUUGCAAAUAAAAUGUUAAGUUUAUAAUACUUAUUACUUCAUUAAAGAUAAGAUGACUCUGAAUUCCUCCUAUCAUUGGUUAUUCUUACUCAUAUCUCCCUUUUUUUUUAAUUACGAGCUGUGUAUAUUUUUUCUUCACAUCUUGUGUUAAGAAAUAGACUUUAAGAUUACUACUAGUUAGUUAUACCUUGCAAAUAUCUGUCAAUCCUUUCUGAUUACAGGACUUCAUUUAAAUUGUAGAGCAGGUCUCCUUUUGAAUAGAUCAGAGUUUUAAAUCUGUUGACGUAAGUAGGAGUAAGCAAAUGACAGAAGGUGUAACAGCAGUCCAAAUUUUCAGAAAACAGUCUAGUUACUCCCCUGUUCUGAUGCUAAUCUGUAGAAUGUUUUCACUAACAUAUAAACAAAAUCUAGACUAUGUUGUUGCAUUUGUGUUUUGUGCUGUAACUUUUUGUUUUGAAGGUUUUCAGUUUUAUAAUACUCAUUCUACAAAAUAUGUUUAGCUGGUUUAUAUAUCACUGUAUGCCUUAGUAUGCCAAAGGAACUGGGGCUAAAAAUGGUGUUUAUUGACUUGAGUAUUACAGUGCUAUUUUACAAUGACAUGGCUCCCUACCCUGCAGCUCUUGAUGGGGGAUAUACAUUCCUUUCCGUGAGGUUAUCUCUCCUUGUAGUGAAAUAAUAAGCACUGGAGUGAAGGUGCAGUUAGACUGUCCCUUUGCAAAAAAUGCAAAUUUUUAUGAUCUUUUGUAAGAUAUUUUGUAGUCCCUGUGGAGUUGAACAAAAUAAUUGUUACCUACUUGUCUGCUUUGAAGAAUCCAUUCUGCUGCUUCAUUCUUCAUCAGGUUGAUGCACUGUAUUUUUUUUCAUGGAAAAGUGCAGUUCAGUAAACUGAGUUGGGUUUUAAUUCAUUGAACCCCUUUUUGAAGACCAUAGUAGUGCAGAAGAAGUAAACAUUUUUUCAGACUUCACAACAGUUUAUAUAUGACUAGAAAAAAAAAGAGUAAGACUCACAGUUUUGUAUCUUAAUGUUUCAUCAAGUUGCAAAAACUACCCAUGGAGUGUAGAAGAUAUUCGCAAAGUAAAUGUACAACAGAUUGUCUUUUUUAUGGUUUUGAUAUAAAAUGCAGAAAAAGCAUGGCUUCAUUGUUAAGGAGUUUUAUUACUAUAAAAUAUAGCAUACAUUGCAGUGCAGCAGUGUUUCAUUGUGAUAAGAAGCGUUGUAAGCCAAAUACCUGCUGUAAUAAUCUUGUACAGGCUGACAAUUCAACCAGAAAAAGUAUUUUAUGAAUACAGCUUCUGGGUCGAAAUGCUGUAUUGCUAUAUCCAUUUCUUCCUCUGUGUAUUUUCAUGGCUUAAAAUAAAACAUAUUAAGUGUU